AUGACCAAACCAGCGAUGGAACCGCCUCCGGGGAAGGAGUCCAACUUUGACAAUCCGGAUCGAGAGUUGUACUACAUCUGCAUUGCCUCGAAUACAAUUGCGAUGUCUAUUGGCUUCAUGGGAUACUGCACCAUGUGUCUCCUCAUGCUGAGAUACGGUGGUGGCCUUCACCAAUGGGAUGUCCCAGAGCAUCUCAUAACGCAGUAUAACCAGACCGUCUACGCGACAAUGGUCAACUACGGCCCAACUGUCUUUGCCAUCAAAGCAGCCAUUCUUCUUUUCCUCGCCAGUAUUUUCGCCCCUUACAAGACCUACGUCAAAUGGAUAUACGGCUUCCUCGGAGUCAUGGGUGUCUACUACGUUGCCAUGUUAUUCCUCAAGAUGUUCAUCUGUCGUCCGAUCUCGAUGUUCUGGGGCGCUACAACUGAUGGCGAAUGCUUCAAUCAGCGAGUUCUCAUUCUUGUCGAUAACAUCAUUAGUCUUCUUAGUGAUAUCGUUGUCCUUCUUCUACCCUGUCCGCUUACCAAGAAACUCCAAGUGGGACUUGUCGCGAAGCUCAAGAUCGUCGCUAUCUUUGGAGUUGGAGGAAUCGCCUGCAUUUUUAGCCUUGUGCGGCUAGUCUUUAUCAUCCAUAAUGGGGAAAGCCCGGAUCAGACAUAUGUCUUUCUGCAAAUCAACCUGACUGGAAUCGCUGAGUGUGGUAUUGGUGUCGUCUGUGCGUGCUUCCCAUUCAUGCCAAUGUUAUGGAAAUCCAUUCUUCACAAGGACAAGCCAGGCUAUUCCUCCAAUUAUUCGAGGUCACAGUUUGAGAUGAUGAGUUCGUCCAAAGAGCGAUCGCGAAACACGGGGCAUACACCAGAGAGCGGGCACUAUAACGAGGAUACGGGAAGUGAUGAGAAUAUUCUUAUACCGAAUGGCAAGUCGUAUGUUACCACUAACGUUCGUGCGGGCGAUGGUACUGCUGAGGGAAGCACUGGUAGCAUCGGUGAUGGGAAUGGGGGACAUGGAGCAAGCCUGGAUGACUCGCACAUUCUUCGAACGGUUGAGGUGCGGCAGUAUGAAGAGCGUUAA